AUGGCUUCUCUUACUUCUUCAUUGUCGACUCGCAACUGGAGUUACAAUGUCUUUGCGAGCUUUCACGGGCCUGAUGUCCGUAAAACACUUCUCAGCCACAUGCGUGAACAGUUUAAUGUCAAUGGGAUCACUAUGUAUAAUGAUCAAAAGAUGGUGAGAAGCGAAGAGAUAGCUCCUUCACUCACAAAUGGUAUAAGAGAAUCUAGGAUCGCGAUUGUGAUUCUCUCCAAGAAAUAUGCGUUGUCAAGCUGGUGUUUGGAUGAAUUGGUGGAGAUAUUGGAGUGCAAAAAAUCUAUGGGACAGAUAGUGAUGACCAUCUUCUAUGGAGUGGAGCCAUCUGAUGUACGGAAACAGACCGGGGAAUUCGGGAUCGCUUUCGAGGAUACUUGUGAACAUAAGACGAAGGAGGCAAAGCAGAAAUGGAUCAAAGCUUUGACUAAUGUGAGCAACAUUGCUGGAGAAGACUUCCUAAGAUGGGCAAAUGAAGCGGACAUGAUCAAGCAAAUUGCCAGAGACGUUUCAGAUAAACUCAAUGCUACACCGUCUAGAGACUUUGAUGGCAUGUUGGGACUUGAACCUCACAUAAGAGAAUUGAAGUCUUUACUAAAUUUAGAUGAUAAUGGAGUUAUGAUGGUUGCAAUCACUGGUCCUGCGGGCAUUGGUAAGACCACCAUUGCUAGGGCUUUACAAAAUCAAAUCUCUAAUAGGUUUCAGCUUACUUGUUUUGUGGACAACCUUAGGGAAAACAAUCAUAGUGGUUUUGAUGAACAUGGUUGGAAGCUGCGUUUACAGGAGCAAUUUCUUUCAAAUCUCUUGAAUCUUGGUAGAAUUAGGAUAGGCCAUUCUGGUGUGAUAGAAGAAAGGCUAUCCAAGCAUAGGGUGCUCAUCAUUCUUGAUGAUGUGUACCAUAUAAAGCAAUUAGAAGCGCUAGCAAAUAAAACAACAUGGUUUGGUUCUGGAAGCAGGAUUAUAAUUACCACAGAAAACAAAGAGAUUUUGCAGCAACAUGGUAUCAAAAAUAUGUACCGUGUGGGGCUUCCAUCUGAUGAACAAGCGCUCAAGAUCUUAUGCAGAUAUGCUUUUGGAAACAACUCUCACAACCAGGGUUUUGAAAAGCUUGUACCAAGAGUGACAAAGCUUUGUGAUAACCUUCCGUUGGGUCUAAGUGUUGUGGGUUCAUCUUUGCGUGGGAAGGAGGCGGAUGAAUGGGAAGAGGUACUGAGCAGGCUGGAGACUAAUCUUGAUCGAGAUAGCGGAACUAUUCUUGAUCGAGAUAUUGAGGACGUACUAAGAGUGGGCUAUGAGAGCUUAGAUGAGAAUGAGCAAACGCUAUUCCUCCACAUUGCAGUCUUUUUCAACUAUAAAAGUUGGAAUCUCGUGAACACCAUGUUCGAUGACAGUGACUUGGAUGUCAAACAUGGGUUGAAGAUCCUUGUAAACAGAUCUCUCAUCAUACAGACCAUUGGAUAUGAGCAUAGAAUAGUGAUGCACAGAUUACUAGAACAAAUGGGUAAAAAAGCCAUUCAAAAACAAGACCCUUGGAAACGCCGGAUCUUGAUGAAUGCUCGGGAGAUUUGUGAUGUUCUUCAACAUGCCAAAGGUACAUGGAAUGUUCUUGGUAUAUCUUUUGAUAUAUCAAGAAUCAACGAACUAUCCAUCAGCAAGAAAGCUUUUAAAAGAAUGACUGAUCUCCGAUUCCUCAAAAUUUACAAAAGACAAUAUGACGGGAAUGAUAGAAUGCAUAUACCGGAGGAGAUUCAGUUUCCGUGCGGACUAAGGUUACUAGAUUGGGAAGCAUAUCCGAGCAAGAGUCUUCCUCCUACGUUCAAUCCUCAAUAUCUUGUUGAACUCAGUAUGAAGAAUAGCAAGCUCGAGAAGCUAUGGGAAGGGAUCAAGCAGCUCGCAAAUCUCCAGAAGGUAGAUUUUUCAGGAUCUGUUCAUUUGAAGGAACUUCCCGAUCUUUCAAAUGCUUCAAGUCUUGAGAAGUUGGAUCUGAUAGGCUGCGAGAGCUUGGUAGAGAUUCCAUCCUCUUGUUCGAAUCUUCAUAAACUACAGAAGUUGUGGGUGAGUGGAUGCAUAAACCUACAAGUAAUUCCAGCUCGCAUGAACUUGGCAUCCCUUGAUGAAGUCUUCAUGAGAGGAUGCUCAAGGUUGAAAAACAUUCCAGUCAUGUCAACGAACAUCAGAAAACUGUGUAUAUCUGAGACAGCGGUUGAAGAUGUGCCUGCAUCAACUAAGCUGUGGACUCGUCUUACGUCUCUCAGUAUAAACAAAGGUGGAAAGCUAAAGAGAUUAACAUAUCUCCCCAAGAAUGUCACAGAUCUAGACCUAAGCUAUUCUGAUAUUCAAAAGAUUUCAGAUAGUAUCAAAGCCCUUCAUCAGCUACGGAACCUUAAUCUAGCUGGCUGCACAAGACUCGCGUCAUUACCAAAGCUCCCUGGCUCGGUCAAAACCAUAAUAGCGGAAGACUGUGAGUCACUGGAGACCGUAUCUAGCUCUUUGAACAAUCCAAAUGCGCGGCUCAAUUUCAUCAACUGCUUCAAACUUAGUCAACAAGCAAGAAGAGCAAUUUUUAAACAAUCUUUCUUUACAGGAGGGGCACUCUUACCAGGAACAGAAGUGCCUGAAGAGUUCGAUCACCGAGGAAGAGGAACCUCAUUGACUAUUCGUCCAGACGGUAACCCUUACAGCGGCUUUGUGGUUUGCGUCGUGAUUUCUCCUAAGCAGCAAGAGUUUAGUUUUUCCCAGCUAAAGUGUCGUCGCAUAGGCGUAGCUCAAGACGACUUCUAUCCAGUUGAAAUGUUGGUCUACGUAGGCGAAGUCCACAAGUUUCGAAGGGAGCAUCUAUUUGUUUUCGACUCUCGGUUUCUAGAGUUCUACCCAUCUGAUAUGAGCAGAGAGAUAGUACUCGAGCUGAGCAGCAACUCCAACGAUUUCAAUAUUAUUGACUGUGGUGCCAGGAUCUUGACCGACGAGAAUGGGAGCAAUGAAUGUGGCUUAGACGACCAAGUGUUAGAAGAAGAAACUGAGCUUGAAUCUAGCGAAGCCUUUGAAGAUAGCAUCGAACAUUCAAAUGAAGCAGCCUGUUACACGGAAGAAGGGGACAAUCUAGACGGUGGAAAAUGUACUGAUUGUUGGAGUUGGCUCUUGCUCUGCUUCGAUCUCUCCCAUUUGUUGAGAUUUGUUUCAGGAAGAAGACGAUAAAAUCUGGACAUAACUAGGGCAGA